AUGCUCACAUUUUCUUCUCUCCUUAUUCUAACAACUGCUAUAAUUGAACCAAUGGCAGGACUUCUAGGAAAUGGAACUAUCUUGGUUAUCAGUUCAACUAGCUGCCUCAGGAGCAAAAUAUUGUCCUCAUAUGAUAUGAUUAUGAUCUGUCUGAGUUUAUCCAGAUUCUUUUUUUCAGACCUAGAUAUGUUGGAUUUGUUCCUAAGCCUGUUUUGUGAAAUGUCCUAUUAUGAAGAAAAUUUGUUUGUAAUUUUCAAGACAGUUUUUAUGUUUCUGAACAACUCCAUCCUCUGGUUUGCCUGGUUUAGUUUCUUCUAUGCCUGGUUUAGUUUCUUCUAUUGUACCAAGGUUGUUAGUUUUACUCAGUCUUUGUUCAUCUGGCUGAAGGAAAGGAUUUCUCUCAUGCCCUGGAUGCUGAUAAUAUCAUUGGUUUUCUCCUUUGCAACCUCUCUUCCUUUCGCCUGGGAUAUCUACAGCGUGCACAUCAACUUCACUGCUCCUUUAACCAUGACAAACUCUUCAGAAAGGAGAGUCACAAUGAAAGCUAGUUUGUUUGGACUGAUUCUUUUCUGUAAUGCUGGUAUAGCUUUGCCUUUAAUAGUGUUUGUUGUUUCAAGUAUCCUGCUGAUUAGGUCUCUCUGGAUACACACCAGACAUAUGCAGAAUAUUGCAACUGCCUUCAGGGAACCCAGCUUAGAGGCCCAUAUUGGUGCCAUCAAGUCAGUCUUUUCCUUCCUUAUACUCUACAUUACAUAUUUUAUUUAUUUGGUUUAUUUUAUUUUAUUUUAUUUUUUACCUUUAAGCACGGGGGAAGCCAUGUCUGUAGCUGUAAUGGCUGACUAUCCUGAAGGACACUCUAUGGUCCUAAUCUGGAGCAACCCCAAAUUUCAAGAGCUGCCAGCUAAGAUUUUGCACCACACAAACUGUCAUGCCAGAACUAGAUCUGUUUAUGUCCGGGACUGCCGCGUCAGCAAGUGGUGCCCAAACAGGGACCGGGACCCUCCUGUCAGUGUUCGCCUGAGCACGAGUAGACGGCCCCGAGGUGCGGACGCCAGCCGGAGCAGGCGCGGCCCUGGCGCCUGGGAAGACGUGCACGCGCAGGUUGGAAAACUCGCCCUAAUCAGGUGA